AUGUUUACUUAUUUUUCUGCCUUUUGUGCUGAAGUCAAAACUCAAUUCAAUGCUUCAGUACGUACUCUAAGGAGUGAUAACGCUAAAGAAUACAUGUCAGAGUUAUUUCAGUCCUACAUGAGACAACAUGGCAUAUUACAUCAGUCUUCAUGUGUUGAUAUACCCUCUCAAAAUGGAGUUGUUGAGAGGAAGAAUAGGCAUCUACUUGAGACAGCUCGAGCACUUUUGUUCCAAAUGAAGGUUCCUAAACAGUUCUCGGCUGAUGCGGUUUCUACGGCUUGUUUUCUGAUUAAUCGCAUGCCAUCUAGUGUAAUCGAUGGUAAUAUGCCUUAUAGUGUUCUUUUUCCGAACAAGUCAUUAUUUCCGGUGGAACCUAAGGUGUUUGGAAGCACAUGUUAUGUUCGAGAUGUUCGACCAUCUCUUACCAAGUUGGAUCCCAAGGCUGUGAAGUGUGUUUUCCUGGGCUAUUCUCGCCUUCAGAAGGGGUAUCGAUGUUAUUCUACUGAGCUUGGCAAAUAUAUAGUGUCAACUGAUGUGGUAUUUUCAGAGACUACACCAUUCUUCUAUGCACCUCCCAUUUCUACAAGCCAGGGGGAGGAAGAUGAGUGGCUAGUAUAUCAGGCUACCCGUACUUUGACAGAACAAUUAGAUGAUACUCUUCGAUCUCCCAGUUCUUCUAUUGAGCACCAAUCGACUAUUAUGCCUUCAGUACCUGCUCCAGCAAGACCUCCAAUUGUUCAAGUUUAUUCGCGGAGGCGAGAGACAAAUGAUACAUGUCCCGCACCAGUUCCUGCAUCAUUUGAUUCUUCUUUGCUUGAUCCUUCAGAUAACCUUGAUCUUCCUAUUGCUCUUCUCAAAGGAGGAAGUGUAUAUGGAGCAACCACCCGGUUUUGUUGCUUAGGGGAGUAUGGAAAAGUCUGUCAUUUGAAGAAGUCCUUGUAUGGCUUGAAGCAGAGUCCACGAGCUUGGUUUGGCAAGUUCAGUGAGUUCAGUGAGGUAGUUCAAGAGUUUGGGUUGAAAAUGAGAAAGUGCGAUCACUCAGUCUUCUAUCGGAAAUCAGUAGCUGGUACUAUUCUCCUCGUUGUAUAUGUUGAUGAUAUUGUUAUCACAGGAAGUGACUAUGCUGGGACUUCUUCCCUCAAGUCUUUUCUGUAUACUAGGUUUCAUAAAAAGGACUUAGGCCAGUUGAAAUACUUUUUGGGAGUAGAAGUAAACAGAAGCAAGAAGGGAAUUCUUUUGUCUCAGAGAAAGUACAUUCUUGACUUGCUUGUAGAAACUGGAAAGUUGGCAGCUAAACCUUGCAGUACUCCAAUGGUUCCUAAUGUGCAUCUUAUGAAAGAUGAUGGUGAUCCUUUUGACGAUCCAGAGAGAUACAGGAGGUUAGUUGGGAAAUUAAACUACCUUACUGUGACUCGUCCAGAUUGCUUUUGCGGAGCUCCUGGACUUGGCAUAUUAUAUAGCAAUCACAAUCAUACUCGUAUUGAGUGUUUUGCAGAUGCUGACUGGGCUGGAUCGAAAAUUGAUAGAAGAUCUACUACAGAAUCCGAGUAUAGAGCUAUGUCACAAUCUACACGUGAGAUUAUGUGGAUACAUCAUCUGUUGACUGAAAUUGGGUUAGAGCAUCCAAUAUCAGCAAAACUCUGGUGUGACAAUCAAGCUGCUCUCCAUACUGCGUCAAAUCCGGUGUAUCAUGAAAGAACUAAGUAUAUUGAGGUUGACUGCCAUUUUAUUCGUGAGAAGAUUCAGGAGAACUUGAUCUCCGCUGGCUACGUGAAGACAGGAGAGCAACCGGCUGAUUUGUUCACAAAGGCGUUGAAUGGAAUUCGAGUUGAUUACUUUUGUAACAAGCUGGGCAUGAUCAAUAUUUAUGAUCCAGCUUGA